AUGAGCGCGGAAAAGGGUAAAAAAAUAUUCCUAUUGAAAUGUGCGCAAUGUCACACGGCGGAAAAGGGUGGAAAACAUAAAGUCGGUCCUAAUUUGUACGGACUUUACGGAAGGAAAACGGGUCAAGCAGAAGGUUAUGCGUACACGGAUGCGAAUAAAAAUAAAAACGUUACUUGGGAUGCACGAACUUUGGACGAGUAUUUGACGGAUCCGAAAAAAUACAUACCCGGUACUAAAAUGGUUUUCGCGGGUUUGAAAAAGAAAGAAGAAAGAGACGACAUUAUUGCAUACCUUAAAUCCGAAUCGUGA